AUGGACAUCGCCUCGGGCCCCGAGUCCUUGGAGAGGUGCUUCCCGCGCGGCCCGACGGACUGCGCCAAGAUGCUGGACGGCAUCAAGAUGGAAGAUCACCCGCUGCGCUCGGGUCCGGCCACGCUCGGAGUGUUACUGGGGUCGGAGUGCCCGCACCAGGCCGUGUGCGAAGGCUGCCAGAGGCCCAUCUCGGAUCGCUUUCUGAUGAGGGUGAACGAGUCCUCCUGGCACGAGGAGUGUUUGCAGUGCGCGGUGUGUCAGCAAGCCCUCACCACCAGCUGCUACUUCCGGGACCGAAAGCUCUACUGCAAACAGGACUACCAACAGUAA